AUGCUUUCCAGAGGCCUGAGGAUAGGUCGCGCAGCGCAGGCUCCCCUGCGUCAGCGGACACAGGCGCCCUUUGUUGCUGUUGCCCGCCGAUGUGUUACCACUGAUGCAGCAUCCGCCCACGUCGACAAGGGCGCAGUUCCCAAGUCCGACGAUGAGCCCUUUACUGUCAACCUGAGUGAUGAGAGUUUCGAGACAUAUGAGCUGGACCCUCCCCCGUACACAUUGGACGUGACGAAGAAGGACCUGAAGCAGAUGUACUACGACAUGGUUGUCGUCCGGCAAAUGGAGAUGGCCGCCGAUAGGUUGUACAAGGAAAAGAAGAUUCGGGGUUUCUGCCAUCUGUCGACGGGACAGGAGGCUGUUGCUGUCGGCAUUGAGCAUGCCAUCAACAAGUCGGACGACGUCAUCACCUCGUACCGAUGCCACGGGUUUGCCUACAUGCGGGGCGGUACCAUCCGCUCCAUUAUUGGUGAGCUCUUGGGUCGCCGUGAGGGUAUCGCCUACGGCAAGGGUGGCUCCAUGCACAUGUUCGCAAAGGGGUUCUACGGCGGUAACGGUAUCGUCGGUGCUCAGGUCCCCGUCGGUGCGGGUCUUGCCUUUGCCCAGAAGUACACUGGUGGCAAGAAGGCCAGUAUCAUCCUGUACGGUGACGGUGCCAGCAACCAGGGCCAAGUCUUUGAGGCUUUCAACAUGGCCAAGCUGUGGAACCUCCCCGCCCUGUUCGGCUGCGAGAACAACAAGUACGGUAUGGGUACCUCGGCCUCGCGCUCCUCGGCUUUGACCGACUACUACAAGCGUGGUCAGUAUAUUCCCGGUCUCAAGGUCAAUGGUAUGGACGCUCUUGCCGUCAAGGCAGCUGUCAAGUACGGAAAGGAGUGGACUGAGUCCGGCAACGGCCCGUUGGUUCUCGAGUACGUCACCUACCGGUACGGUGGCCACUCCAUGUCCGACCCCGGAACCACCUACCGCACUCGUGAGGAGAUCCAGCGCAUGCGUUCGACCAACGACCCGAUUGCCGGCCUCAAGCAGAAGAUGAUGGACUGGGAUGUUGUGACUGAGGAGGAGCUCAAGAGCCUCGACAAGAAGGCCCGCAGCUUCGUCAACGAGGAGGUCAAGGCCGCCGAGGCUAUGGCCCCGCCCGAGCCGACCCAGAAGAUCCUCUUCGAGGACAUCUAUGUCAGAGGCACGGAGCCUGAGUUCAUCCGCGGCCGUACCCCCGACGAGCUCUUUUACUUUGAGAACAAGAACUGA